AUGCGCCGCGCACAAGGAUUUCGCGUCUCCUCGACCCGCGACAUCUGCAUCUUCUGCGCCACUCGACAAAUCGCAACCGCGAAUGCGCCCCUGCCCGCAUCGUCGGCGCAGCGGAGAUACCUGAACACGUCCAGCCGAGUACACCAAGCAGAAGCACAAUUGUACAAAAGCGAUGAUGCACCCCCAAGGCCCCUUACACAGGCGGAGCAGAUGCGACAAGCACUGGCGGCGGCACAACCUGCACCCUCGCAGUCUCCCCCCGGCGGCCACACGACGCCUGCGCAGAGGAUGAGGGAAUCCCUAGGCACUCAAGAACCAGCGUGGACGCAGAGCCCAAUGCAAAGACAGCCUCCACAGGAUAGACGUACACCCAACCGGGGCGGCUUGUUUGACGGGUUUGGGCGGGAUCAGAACAGAGACCGUUCAGCACCCACGGCUCGGAGACUAGGCAGUGAUAGCCGUUUCGAUUCACGGCCCCCACAACGGGAUCGCUUUAGGGUCAACAUGGACUCAAAGCCACAAUUCGACACGCCAGCGUUCGGUCCAGGGCAUCUCAGGAGGAGGAACGAACCACAAGCCACACCUGCGCAGUCGUCACGAGAGGAAUUGAGGAGGCCACCUCCACGUGCGGUGUCGAGCAGAGGCAAGCUGGAUCAGACUGAAUUGGACGAACUCUUGGGCAAUGAAUUCAGCCAAAGCCGCCCGCCAAGACCAUACCAGCCACUUGCGAGGAAUCCGAACGCACAGCGCAAAUGCUUCAAUUGCGGUUCCCCAGAUCAUUUGAGCGCCGCCUGCCCGAACAAGCCCACGUUCCGUGAGCGACCAGAUGCGCAGCGAUAUACGACUGGAGGAAAAGUCAUGUACCAACCACCACAAUUCAACCGCGAAACGAGCUAUCAGCCACAGCAGGCUGCACUGGAUUCUUUGGCGGAUGCUGCAAACGAAUGGGUGAGCAAGAGAGGAUCUAAGCUGGAGGUGGAACCACGGAGCUACACGGUCGAGGAACCACGGGACAACAAAGCCCGCACUAUCGACAGAGAGAGGCGUCGAAGCAGGUUCGAGCUGGAUGAGGAACCCAUGGAAGUGCGUAAUCGGUAUGAGCAGCCCCAACGCCGCAAGGCUAGCGGCCGGAACAAUCGACGUGUAUCACGUUUCGAUGAAGAGGACGAGGUGGAAGAUCGGGUUGUCGACCUGAAGGAGCAGAAACGCCUGCGCAAAGAGGCGAAGAAAGCAGCGCAGCUGGAGAAGGCGGAGCCAACCCCCAUUACUUUGCCCGAAUAUAUCAGUGUAGCCAACUUGGCUGGUAUGCUGAGAUUGAGGGUCGAGGACUUUGUCACAAAGUUGGAAGAACUUGGUUUUGAGGACGUACAAAGUACUCAAGUACUCAACGCUGAGCAUGCCGGACUGAUUGCGCAGGAAUACAACUUUGAGCCUAGUUUCAUAGGCGCGCAAGAGGAUGGCGAUCUCUAUGCUGCUCCGGAGCUCACGCCAGAAGAGUACGCAGAGCUACCGGCCCGACCGCCUGUUGUCACGAUCAUGGGUCACGUGGAUCACGGCAAGACUACGAUCCUCGACUACAUGCGCUCGACGAGUGUUGCAGCUGGCGAAUUUGGCGGCAUUACGCAACAUAUUGGUGCUUUCAGUGUGCCCCUGGCCAACGGUAAGAAAAUCACUUUCCUCGAUACCCCUGGACAUUCGGCCUUCGAAACCAUGCGCGCUCGCGGUGCGAACGUUACAGAUAUCGUCAUCUUGGUGGUUGCAGCCGACGAUUCGGUCAUGCCACAAACAGUCGAAGCCAUCAAGCAUGCUCAGGCGGCGAAGGUGCCCAUCAUCGUCGCCAUCAACAAGAUGGACAAGCAGCAGGCCGACCCUGAUGCUGUCAAGUUGGACCUUGGCCGCCACGGUAUCGAGGUUGAGGAUUUUGGUGGAGACGUGCAGGCUAUACCCGUCAGUGGCAAGACCGGACAAGGUAUCCCCGAUCUCGAGGAAGCGAUCUCGACACUUUCCGAGUUACUCGAUCACCGCGCUGAUCCCCAAGCCAAUGUGGAGGGUACGGUCCUCGAAGGCACAACAAAGAAAUCUGGGCGAGUGGCAACUGUGCUCGUCCGCAGCGGUACCCUUCGACAAGGCACAGCCCUCGUUGCGGGCACAACAUGGACGCGUGUCCGCACUCUACGCAAUGAGGCUGGUGUUGUGGUUGAGGAAGCUGGACCUGGUAUUGCUGUAGAAGUGGACGGCUGGCGCGAGCAGCCCAUCGCUGGUGAUGAGGUUUUGCAAGCCAUUGACGAGCAAGAAGCGUCGUCCGUCUCCGAGCUGCGCAUCGAGAAGGUGGAACGACAGCAAAUGGCACGAGACAUGGAAGCCAUUAAUAUUGCUCGUCGCGAGGAAGCGGAGCGUCGUGAAGCUGAAGAAGCCGCCAAACGGGCCGCUGAAGAGGGAGAUGCUGUAGUGGAAGAGGCCGAAGUCAAAGAUAAGGGACCAGCAGUGGUGAGCUUUAUCGUCAAGGGCGACGUCUCUGGUUCUGUCGAGGCAGUCAUCGACUCCGUCUCCGCUCUCGGCAACGCAGAAGUGUCAGCCCGCAUCCUGCGCUACGGUGUCGGCCCACCAUCUGAGUUUGAUAUCCAGCACGCCGCUGACGCAGAAGGCCAUAUCAUCAACUUCAAUACUACGAUCCCAGCGCAUGUUGCUAAGCUAGCGGAGGAGAAGGGCGUCACGAUCUUUGACAGCAACAUCAUCUACCGCACUGUCGAGACGAUCAAGGACCUCCUCUCCGAGAAGCUCGCACCAAGCAUCAUACAGAAGGUGACUGGCGAAGUCGAGAUCGCCGCCAUUUUCGAGAUCAGCCUGGGAGGCAAGAAGAAGAUGAAGGUUGCAGGUUCGAGGGUUCGCAACGGUGUCGUGGAGCGAGGAAACAAGGCGCGUGUCCUGCGAGGCGACACCGUUGUCCACGAUGGCAUCAUCGAAAACAUCAGAAACCAGAAGAAAGACGUCGAAUCCAUGCGCAAGGAUACAGAAUGCGGUAUCUCGUUCGCCGCUUGGGACGACUUCAAGAUCGGAGACAAGAUCCAGUGCUACGAGGAGACGCAGCAUAAGAGGACCCUGUAA